AUGAGCAGCGUGGACCGGCUGUCCAAAAUCGCAGAGCGGGUCGACCUUGCCAGCCAAGUGCGUACCCUCGAGGUCCAUAGGCACUAUCUCAAAGCCCUGCCCUUUGACGAAUGCAUUAGGGUUGGCCAUUUGGCGGGACGGCUGCGAAGCAUGCAUCCUCUCGACGCGGCUUUGUACGCUCUCAAACUCUCACGCGCAUACAAGGACGAGCUGGAUGCCCAGUUGCGCUUCUCGACCGACGGCCCUGCUUUGCUCUCGAGCUCGCUGAAGAAGUUUCCGCGGCUAGAGUGUUUCGUGCACCGCAGCCCGCCGUCUCGGACGGAGGAGGGAGACUGUCUCCUUGACGAAGACUCUGACCUAUUGAGAAGGACGGGAAUAAGAACCCUGGAUGGCGGAACACAAUAUCUGCUCAUGAACUCGGCGUUGCAAAAGUGUCGCGGUCUAAAGCCUGUUUCCAUUGACUUGCCGUCGUUCUAUUGGUGGGAGUUCUACAACUGCAUGGAAAUCCCACAUGCAAAAGAGCUUUUUGAGAGGUGUCCUCUCACUCCAGGAAACUCUCAUUGGAAGAAAGGCCUGGCCAAAUACUUGGCCCAACUAGCGGGAUACCUGCCUGCGGCCGAACACCUAUGGCUCGGGUUCGAUGAAUUGCCUGCAGGACAUCAGAGAACCCAUGUUGUUCGCGGCUAUGCAUUGACGAGGAUGACUAGCUUGCUGCUCCGUUCCCCGGUAACCCCUGAGACUUUCUUACCCAGAUUGAAUAGCCUCACUCUAGAAAACACGGCGGUCCGCUUGAACGUCCUGUGCGAUUUCAUCGCGCAGCACUCCAAGCCGCUCCGAUCACUUAGCAUCAUCAACAUCCGCCUGAGCGGCGCUGGUGGCACGCCGUCGUCGCCGAGUGGAGGAAUUCUGGCAUUGGUGAUGAAAUUGAUCCUGUUCCUGAACAAAGAGACCCAGCUGGAUCGCUUUUCCAUGCAAGGCGCUUUUCUGGCUUCCGAUGGAUCCAGGUUGUUGUGCUCUCCGAAGGGCAAGGACAGUAUCUUGCACGAGGUCGAGGAAUACGUCUGUCACCGCCGCGGUGAUUUUCCUUUCCACAACCCCGAGAUGUUCCUGCAAGCGCUCGAUACCUGCUGGCGCUCAGCCACGGUGGCGGGAAACAAGGUCACAAUCCCUGGUCCGCACAAUUGCAGGUUGGAGAUAACGCUUGGGAGCGACGAUUCGUGGUAUAUCGAGGCGCCGGACUCUCUGCACCCUUGA